AUGAAUCACUACUAUCGCGAUGAUGACUUCUUCCAGUAUAUUACCUUGCCCCUCUGGCCUACUAAGUUGUGUCCACGGCUCAGUGAUGCCUGCCCAGAGACAGAUGAAUUAAAAAUUCGCGAUGCAACUACUCGGCAUCAAACAGUCGAGAGGCGACAUGUUUCGUUGCUGUUUGAGAAGAAGGAGGCUCAGCAGCUAGACCGAGAAUCUGCUUACAAGAUUGGUACGUUUUCUCUUAGGACGGCCUUGAGCAUCAUUCUUUCGAUUAGUGUGCUCAGUUGUGCUGGACUUCAAAAAUUGAAACAGUUGGAUUCCAUAUUCGACGAGGAGAACGACCUCUUCGAUGAGUCUCGGAUUCAUUUUCAACGUUCUAUGAUAACUAAGGAAGAGAACUCUGUGCUCAAUGAGAAGAUUGAGAGGUUUCUGUUCCAACUUUCACCGUACAUGCAGCAUUUUGCCUGUCAUCAAGUCCUGGAAUGGCUGGUCUAUAGAUAUCAGGUGAAAAGUUGCAACACCCAUUCCACAGUAGUUUGCUGUUCGAUAUGGGCUGUAUUCCAGAUUUACGCGUAUAACGCAGAGGCUAUGAUCGUUACGUUUCUUCCUUUCCAUGAGACCAACAUCUUUGGUCAUAUGUUAUCCAUAAUUGACUACAACUUCAGUACCUCUAAGGAUUGGGGUUUCUUAGAAAGCUUUCGUAAGAAGGAAUAUCCUGUGCCUUUCAGUGCGUUCGCUGGGGAAGAGUUCCUUGAGAAGAAGUGUUACAUGCUGUUUACGUUCUAUGCGAAACUUCUAAUUGCUGUUCUGGAUGAUUCGACAAAAAUCAAUGACGUCUUGCUGGCUAAGAUAAUCCCCCUUAUUGCACUUGGGUUAAAAAGCUCGCUUCCAUCAUUCCGGCAAGUGUCUUUAAUGGUGGUUUGCAAGAUGGCAGUCUCUACCAAGCUGACGCCAGAUGUAUCAGCGUCACUUGCAAAAAUUCUUAUAAUGGUGGUAUCACACGUUGAUGAGAGAAAGAAACGAACACGUCGGCGCUCUGACUCCGUCUGCAGAAGGGCCUCUACUUCUCCACCGGCCGAGCGUCCUGCUAAAAAAAAGAGCGCUCUUGAACGCGCAGAAGAAUUGGCAUCAAGUUCAGAGUUCUCUCGGCGACAAGAAUUUGUCGGUGAUCCUAUUAAAAACGCUCGUAAAUGGAUUAAAAUGGAAAUGUGGGAUAACGUAAGUUCUGCAAGCAAUUUUAGUUCUACUUGGAGCUACUUCAAUGUUAAGGUAGCUUGGGCUUUCGAUGUAAUGACCACACGCAGUUCGUAUUUUGCUCAGAAACUUGAAGAUGAGGUGGAAACUUUUGUUGUGGAAGUCAUUCAGAUGACAAUUGGAAGCAAAAAAUGUCCUGUGAUUUCCCAAGCUCGUUUAGCUUUUGCCGAAGUUAAUUUUCGGCCCGACUUCAUCGUUGCACUUUUGUCGAAUCAUGAAGGGUGCGAAUCAUUGCCGAAAAAGCCCAGAUCCGUCAACGUUCCUGAUGUGGUUUCCAAGGUACUUUUAGACAACAAGCUGUCCUGCGCUGGGAAGGAUACCUUAGCAAUGCAAACGGUGGUGUUGCUUCUGAAGAUGAUCAAGUCACCAGGUAAAUAUGCGGUUACUUGUGCUGAUCUGAACAUGGACGUUGUUCUCGAGAUGAUGCGCACUACUCACAACCAUCAUAUACUGCGAGAAUCACUUCGUUUGCUCACUGCUGCUGUGAAAUUAUCACCUGCUAAUGUUACAUCUCAUGUAAUGUCUAUUUUUACAUUCAUGGGAAGUGGAUUACUGAGGAAAGAUAAUGAAUUAACACUUGGGAUAAUUGAGGAUACAGUUGAGGCUCUAUUUGGCGCAAUAUGUGCGCAAGAUGGAAGGACAUUGCCAUCUGAAAUGCAGCUUCGGCUUGUUGAUGUUUCUCGAGUUUUCGCUGCAUCUGUUUGCGAUAUUCCGGCGCAUCGUCGUACACGCAUGGCAAAUGCUAUAACGCGAGCUGUUAAGCAUAUCAAUGUCUUUUGCGCAAGAUGGCAACGCGCAGCAGUGGACGCAAGUAAACGUUCUGCUGAUCAAGACGCUUUCGAAGACCUUGCUUUAGAACUCUGCGUUGGACUCGAUCCCGUUCACCAAGUAGGUAACCUGGGAUUCAUUUUAUGGUAUUUACUCCAGUUUUGCGUUGUGGCUGAUAUUGUGGACUUCAUUAUUAGGCUACGAGGCGACAGUAGUCCUCUGGAAUCACAAGGAAGACCUCUCGAUCAGGCUGUUUUUGACAGGUUAAUAUUCCCUAUUGUGAACACUUUUGUGGACUACAGAAUAUCUUUUAGGUCCAAGUAUUCGUUACCAAAGCUUAGACAUUUUCGUUUCGUUAUGAUUGGACUCGUAUACUUGUGCAGUUUGACUGGAAAUGUUGAAUGUUUCUACUUUUCUUCCAAGGAAACUUUGCCGUGUAACCUUUUAAUAUCUGAAGUUUUAGAUCAAUCUGAACAAUACUUACCUGUAUUUUCUUCCAAGACCUUUAUUUUCUUCCACAUUAGAUGUGAAUUUGAAUGGGCAGAAGUAAGAGAGUAUGGGUCGCGCUUGUUGCCUCCUGAAAGGAAACAUGCAAUUUUACAGCUUAGUGAGAUGGAGGACGAUUCUUUGUUCCAACUGUUGCUUCCAAUUGGGAAGCGUUUGAUGACAACUUCAAUAGAGCUUGAUGAGUUCGUCACCAAUGAACGCGAUAUAGCGGAGAAAGCCGAAGAGCAUCAAACUCUACGCUAUUGGGUUGCUUUGUCGGGUAGAGCUGAAAGCGUCUCCGAAAAGGUGAGUUUGCCUUUUUCCAUCAUUUUUUCUCUACGCUUACGCCAAUUCUUACCCGAAUUAUCACGUGGUAAACAGUUAAUACCAAUUUUCGGUCGCCUUUUUAUCCUUAUCGUUUUGCUAUUUACUUUUUUACGUUUAAACUACGUUUUGCAACAGUUACGUCAUCUGCUUCCUGGUAGUGUGGCUGCAAGAAUCAUUAUCGAUAUACUUGAAGACAGCGGGACUGAAUGGAGAAUGCGCGAGAAGACUCUUCAACUUGCAAAUUCGAAGUUGAUUCACGAUGGAUUUUUCUUCUCUGAAAGUGGAAUUAAUGAAGAACAUCUUGAGAAGAUGAUUCUUGUUCUCAAUAAGUGGAUAACAAAAGAACGACUAGAUCAUGAGAAAGUAACGUUCAACUCACCAUACUUAUCCUCGUAG